GAUGCGCGCCUAGCUGAAGGAGGUUCUUCAUUCAACACCUAAAACUUUCUAAUGAAUUCUCCAAACACUUUUUGACGUUCUUUUUUACUUUUAGGGAUCAAAGGUGCUUUGGCAAGCACAAAAAACUAAACAAAAACACUUAAGAGAGGACUGUGAGGAGUACCUUUCCUUUUUGUGGCGGACAUGGAGCCGACCCCCACAGAGGGAGAAGCAGAAGCUCAGACUGAGCAAGUUCAACCUCCAGAAGAAGAAGUGAAACCAGUCAAGCUCUCGAGAAGCCCACCACUCAAAGUAAUCCUCAAACAUGGCCAAGAGCUGGAGGAAGAGCAGGAAGAGUUGGCUGAACACCAGCCACUAGAGCAGGAAGACCUCAACUUUGAACGAUUCAAGCGUAGACCAUUACCUCAGAGGACCCUUCACCAGAAAAUUGAUGACUUGAAGACAUACCUGUGGAAUGCAGAGACCAAGGAAUUUAUGGGCCGCUCUGGAAAGAGCUGGAGCCUCAUCCUACUUUUCUAUGCUGCACUUUAUGCAUUUCUUGCAGCCAUGUUUGGAGGCUGUGUGUUUUGCCUCAUGUGGUCCAUUAGUCCCUAUCAUCCAACUUACAAUGACAGAGUGAUGCCACCAGGUAUGACGAUGGCUCCACACCUGGAAGGUCAUGACAUCCACUUUAACGCCUCUGAGCGAAAAUCCUGGAAGAAGUACGCACGGUCAAUGGAGGAACAUCUAAGACCAUACAACGAUGGAGCUCAGGACAGGAAGAAUAUCCGCUGCACACAGGAUGGGAAGUAUUUCAUGCAGGACGACCUAAGGGAGGAUGAGGAGAGGAAAGCAUGCCAGUUUAAGAGGUCUUGGUUGGGAGAAUGCUCGGGGAUGCAGGACCCCCACUAUGGCUAUUCUCAGGGAAAACCAUGCAUCUUACUUCGAAUGAACCGGAUUCUUGGAUACUUACCUGGGGAAGGGAAACCAAUAAACGUGACUUGUGAAGUCAAGAAAGGACCACCUGAAGCCCUUGGACAACUACAGUUCUUUCCAAAGAGUAUUUUUGAUUUGAAGUACUAUCCUUACUAUGGAAAACUUAGACAUGUAAACUACUCGUCACCAGUGGUGGCGGUGCGUUUCGGCUCAGUGCAGUACGACACACCCCUUCAAAUACAAUGCAAACUCAAUGGAAAAGGCAUCAUCAAUGAUUCACCCACUGACCGCUACCUGGGCAGUGUUACCUUCUCUUUGGUGGUCGGAGCAUAAGGCGAGUCCAUCACUGCUAACACUGCCUACAACACAUCAAAGCACAACAACAUGGCAGCACAAAAUAUCUGUUUAAGUUUAAAGCAUCUAAUAGUUGUCUGCCUGAUCAAUAUUAUACUACACAUUACAACUUUUUCUGCCUUUAAGAAAUAUCUGCUGCUGGGUUUUAGAGAUUAGCUCUCUGUGUAUUGGCACCUUCAGUCACAAAUUCACGACCAUGACUUACAGUGAGUUUCAGCUCAUGUCUUUAAUAGAAAUAUUAAUCUCACUAGCCCGAUAGUUAAUAUAUCUGACUAUGCAAAUUAUUGUCUGACCUGAACAUGCAUAGAUUAGAACCUUUCUUGAUUUAAGUUUGUAAUAAUGUGGUUUUAUUUGCACGUUUGUCAUGAAUUGGACUAAUUUGUUUAUUUUCAAACCCUGCAUAUUUCAAGAACUCCAUGAAUGCAAACAGGACUUGUACUGUACUUACACAGUAAAUAAUAAAUACUGCAAAUACUUUUACUUUAUUUUUUUCAGAAUAUAGUAUUGUUUGUAAUAAAGAUCUAUAAGUCA